AUGGAUUUCUUCCCCACUCCCUCCAACGUCACUACCGACCUCCUCUUCGAGAAAAGUGCCAACUAUUUCCACUCUGAGGAGGCUCCCAAGAGAGCUGCUUCCCUCAUCCCCAAGGCCAAGAUCAUCACCAUCCUCAUCGACCCGUCCGACCGGGCGUACUCCUGGUACCAGCACCAGCGCUCCCACGAGGACCCCGCUGCCCUGAAAUUCAACUUUUACGAAGUGAUCACGUCGGGCCCCUGGGCGCCCUCGGAGAUCAGGGCUCUGCAGAAGCGGUGCCUGAGCCCGGGAUGGUACGCUGUGCACAUCGAGAGGUGGCUGUCCCACUACCCUGCCUCACAGUUGCUCAUUAUUGAUGGACAGCAGCUGAGGAGCGACCCGGCCACUGUGAUGGACGAAGUGCAGAAGUUCCUCGGAGUGUCUCCCCAUUAUAACUACUCCGAAGCUCUCACGUUUGACCCUCAGAAAGGCUUCUGGUGCCAGUUAUUGGAAGGAGGGAAAACAAAGUGCCUGGGAAAAAGCAAAGGUCGGAAAUACCCACCAAUGGACCAAGAGUCUCGAGCCUUUCUGUCGAGCUACUACAGAGACCACAACGUGGAGCUGUCCAAGCUGCUGCACAGGCUGGGGCAGCCCCUGCCCUCCUGGCUGCGACAGGAGCUGCAGAAGGUCAGGUAGCACCCGGGGCAACCCCGCCCAGGACCCUUCCCUUCACCGCCAAACCCCUGCUUCUCCGACUCACUCGUGAUCGUCAGUACCGGACCUCGUGGACAACGCUCUUCCUAGCAAAAACAAAACAACAAACCGCUGAAGAAUGAUUAAAAAAAGAAAAAAAAAAAAAAUUAACACCCCCCCCUCCCCCGCCCAAGACCCGACAACCGUUCAUAUGCACGUGCUGACAGUUCGCAGCAUCGACCCCUUCCGUCAGCUUCCAGGAAAUAACACGGAGCUACGCGGCAUCACCCUUUACCCAGGCCGGGAUUCGUGCGUAGCCCAGUUCCUCUCUCCACCGGGAAGUACCAGAAACUGUGUGUGGGACAAAUUGCAGUCUGUCAGGACGCGAGCCAAGGAUGGGAACAUCUCUCUCUGGACUCCGAGUUCAUCCUUUUAGCGUGACUGCAAAGGUGUGGACCUGCCUACGGAUUCGACUCCUCCAUCACUCUCCCUUCCAGAAAAGCUACCAAAAAAAAAAUAAGGAUUUGCAAGCGACACAGAUUCUGCAGUGUUCAGCGCUCCAGUGACUGGAUAACUUUUAUAAGACUUAUUAUCAUUUCUGUAGUAUUUCAAAACAAAGAGACAUCGUCUUGACAGAGCUGAAGGAAACACUUCACUGUCUUGCCCAAGCUCUUUUUUUAAAAAAUUUUGCUUUCCCCUCCAACGUGACAACAGCAAAUUCAGCUGAACGAGUACUUGGUGUUGAAGCAAAAGGCAUCAAAAUGAAUUUUGA